AUGGGUAGAUUUCUUAUGUGCGGAUUGGUCUCUUCGGUUUUCAAAGCGGUCGGUAUACCAUUUUGUGGGCGCAGCAAUCUUGCAGAGGCGAGAUGGGCUGUCGGAGCGUCGGGUGUCAUGGUCGGAAUUCUUCGCUCUCUGGGUGCAUCUUGUCUUACAACCUCUUUUUGUACGACGCUGGGAUGA